GGGCCCCAGGCCGCGCCCGCCCCUCCAACCCCGCCGCCGGGGUGGGGUUUCCCGGGACGAGCCGGCCCCUUUCAUCCAGGAAGUGAAAGCGACGUCGGGGUCAAUGAAAACAAACGGGGAGCCCGGGGGGGAAGGAAGCGCCGGGGCGAGGAAGCGCGGGCGGGAGGCCGGCUGCGGUCGCGUUUUUGUCGGUGCGGCGGCCGCGGCCGCCGAGGCUUGCGCAGGGAUGUCUGAGCCCGCGCGUCGCGGCCCCCCAGCUCCUCGCGGCGCCCGCUGUCCUGGCCUCUAAGGGCUGCCACGUCCGGGCGGCGUAGCGCGGCCCGGGGGGCGGCCGGGGAGGGGUCCCGGGAGGGGCGGCCCCGGGCUGUGCGCCCACCCCAUCCCCGCGGCCGGAGCCGGGCCAGGAGGAUGCGCGGUGCCGGGCUCUGAAGCAUGGAGGGGGUUCUGUACAAGUGGACCAACUAUCUCACAGGUUGGCAGCCUCGUUGGUUUGUUUUAGAUAAUGGAAUCCUAUCCUACUAUGAUUCACAAGAUGAUGUUUGCAAAGGGAGCAAAGGAAGUAUAAAGAUGGCAGUUUGUGAAAUUAAAGUCCAUUCAGCAGACAACACGAGAAUGGAAUUAAUCAUUCCAGGAGAGCAGCAUUUCUACAUGAAGGCCGUGAAUGCAGCUGAGAGACAGAGGUGGCUGGUUGCUCUUGGGAGCUCCAAGGCGUGUUUGACUGAUACUAGGACUAAAAAAGAAAAAGAAAUAAGUGAAACCAGCGAAUCUCUGAAAACCAAAAUGUCUGAACUUCGCCUGUACUGUGACCUCCUAAUGCAGCAAGUUCAUACAAUCCAGGAAUUUGUUCACCAUGAUGAGAGUCGUUCAUCUCCCAGCAUAGAGAAUAUGAAUGAAGCCUCUUCUCUGCUCAGUGCUACAUGUAAUACAUUCAUCACGACACUUGAGGAAUGUGUGAAGAUAGCAAAUGCCAAGUUUAAGCCUGAGAUGUUUCAGCUGCCCCAUCCGGAUCCUUUAGUGUCUCCUGUGUCACCUUCUCCUGUUCAAAUGAUGAAACGUUCUGUCAGCCACCCUGGUUCUUGUAAUUCAGAAAGGAGUAGUCACUGUACAAAAGAACCAGUGUCUACACUUCACCGACUCUCCCAGCGACGCCGAAGAACCUACUCAGAUACAGACUCUUGUAAUGAUAUUCCCCUUGAAGAAUCAGAUAGACCUACUCACUGUUCAAGAAAUACACUUAAUGGAGACUUGACAUCAGCAACCAUUCCUGAAGAAAACAGACUCACGGCCAAAAAGAAGCCUGAAUCGGAAGCCCUUCUUCCACCCUUCUCUUCCUGAGGCAACCGAAGUGUCCAGCUUCCUCUAAGUAUUGCUAUGCAAAAGCUGCUGCCACUCAGCUGUUGUCAUAGGGAUUAGCGUCUCCCUUAGGAUUUCUCUGCACUUUAUAGAAUAUUGUAAAACAAACAAAAAACCCACAUACUUUUGAAGUGUAUUUUAUCUUUAUAUAGUUUAUUUGCAAGAGUAUUUUCCUAAUAACUUCACAGUAUGAAUGUGCAUCUUUUUUUUUUUUUUAAACAAAUGAUGAUGUAACAUUUUGACAUCCAUAAAGACAAAUGUAGAUAUUUUUCUAAAAAACUGUGAGGGACUGACGGAUUGGUCAGUGAGUAUUGUAGCUUAUAAACAUGAAAUCUUGAAAGGUUUCAGUUUGACAGAAGUGUGAUACAUGUAACUUGUGCCAUGGACCAAAUGGUCACUUUACCCCAGCUAAAACUGAGUUAUGAUAGCAGCUUGAUGGUGAUUGUAUUCUGUUUCUUUAAGCAAAAAGGAAACUCUUAAUAUUCUAAAUAUCUUUAACCCAAAUACCACGACAUUGAAUCCGAAUAUUUUUUAAAACCCAGACUGUGCUGUGCUUCAUAUGUGAAGUUGACACUACUGAAUUUGCCAAUACCAAAUGUUGGGUUAAAAUAUUUAAUUUUUGUUUAUUUAUUUUCUUGUUACAUCAAAAGAGUAUUGCAUCCUCACUUUUGUGACAUACCAAAUUUAAGAUAUGUAUGCAUUGUUAUUUACCUUGCUUUAGAAAUGAGGCUAACAUUGUAGUGACCUUGCUCACUUAUGCCAGAGAAAUAAACCACUUCUGAUGGAAGAGGAUUUUAGUGCUUUUUUCCUCAGAUAGAUGUUAAGCUGCUGUUGUAAGGUAUUGUUUGCAGCUCUUUAGGAUAUCUGGAGACAUUUUAAUUUAUGAAUAUUUAUACAAAAGAGGAAUUCCUUCAAAGUUCUUUGCCACUUGAGAAUGGCAUUAUUUAAAGAACAAAUAGUAUUUUUUGAUAGUGCCUGUCUGUAUCUAUUGUCAGUGUUUGCCUUGUUAUCUGUGUUUCUGAAUUCACUUUGGGGUGAUGGUAUUGUCCAAGGUUUUGGAUGAUGAGCACUUUAAAGCAAACUGGUUUGGUGUUUUUUAAGUUAAUCAUGUUUAAUAAAUAUGUGGUUUUUGCAAUCAAACUCAUCAUAUAAUACAUUGUAUUUUUUACGCUCACUGAUAUUCUGUAUAAUCUUUAUUAAGUGCUAUGAUAGUAUUCUUUAUUGAUUUAAUUUUUUUUUUUUUAAUCUGGGCCUGCUGGUAAAUACAAAUGAAGCAUGUUGUCAGUUUUUGCUGCCUAUGAACUUAGAAUGGUGUGGAAUAUUUCACCUUAAAUUUCUCUUGCAAGUUAAUGUGGGUUUUUUUUUAAAGAGUUAAUACUUGGGUAUUUACUAAAAUAAAUAUGUAAUGACAGGCUUUCUUCUUUAAGUUUAAUAUGGGCAUAUGGAAUCUAUAAACAACCUAGAUACAUUACUAUGUAUUUAUAAACUGUGUGCUACUUAAAAGUGUGAUUUUAAUUAGCACACAGAUCAUUCCAGUGUAAUUUAGUGGCAUUUUUUCUUGCUCAUAAGACUAAUUUGAAAAAAAAGUUUGAUAAUAUAGUACAUUUCCAUGUUGGUGAAGUAAUCAGGUGUUUUGCUUUUUUUCAGUAUAGUAAGAACUUGUACAGUGAGAAUACAAAGAAGAUCAAGGUGCUGCCGAUAGGAAGUUUUUUCUGGUAGUCAGUGUUUUGUUUUUUUCCCCAAAGUAAUAAAUUUAUGAUAAAAAUACUAUAAUAACUUUUUGAACUCAUAGGAUAGGAAAUGAAUUCAUUUGCUAUUUCUUUAUUCAAAUAUAUGAGUUCAUGAAAAGUUUUCUGUAAAUAUUUUUUAUAAAAUAAAGUCAUUUUCUCUUUUGUAUCGUUUGCCCUCUUUGAAAUAGGUGCUUGACAGAUUUGCUGUAUUCCUAGGUACGACUUUUAUUGUGAUUUUCAGCCACUUUUUUUCCCCCUUAGGAACCAAACACAUUUGGGAAAUCAUAUUUUUAGGCAGUAUAAAUGUGUCAUAUGUUAUAUCUAAGUUUCCAUCAGUGAACUAGUAGCACAGAACAACCUAUAAAGCUUAAAGGAAUAUUGCAUUUUGAGGAGCCCUGUGAAUUGUUAAAUAUGCUUGAUCUUCCUGAAUGUUAAGGAAAAGAUGAGCCAAAGAACAGGUCUAUAAGACUUUUAGCUUGUCAGGUUUUCUGUAACAUGUGGUUGUUGAUCGUUCCUUUUUGGCUUUGUCCAGGCCAUGGCAUUGUUGAGAAAUUUGGAGAUUGUCUUGUCCAUCAGUGAUCUUAUCACCAAACUGAGUGCUUGCUUUUUAUUUCAAGUUCCUCGUCCCUGCAGUGUGGGAAUCACAGGCCUCUGUGAUGAAAGGGACCUUGAUAGGAAUUCUUUUGUAAAUGAGCUAAAAAUGAAUUGUGUCACAUCAGAUUGGAUUGUUGAGUUCUUUGCAAUCAGGACAAGUACAAAAAUGGAUGCUAUUAUUUAAAAUCCAAAGCAAGAGAUAAAGGGUCUUCAUUUCCACAGGUUCCCCUGGAAUCUUUAAUCCUGAGUUGUAGUUUUUCAGUAUGCAUUAUCACAUUUAGAAAUUGAGAAAUCACAGCAAGAUCUCAGGAACUGUAUCCUUGUAAUAUGUUAAUAUUGGACUGAUGUUUAUUUCCACAUACAGUAUAAUGUCAUUAAUUUGGACUCUGCCCAUUCUUUUACUAAUGAAAUGCCUCUAAUUUGUCCCCUGAGCCUUGCUGUUGCUACUUUGUGUGGAGUUAGUGUCUUGAUUCGAAAGAAAGCUGUUUUAGACUGCAGGAGCUCCUCCAAGCUCUCUGUAUUGAUGGCCUGAGGUAAGGAAAUGGUAGGUGGCUGGUGGAUAAGACUUACUUUCUGAAUUUCUUUUUAUUAAAAUAAUUCACACAGUUUAAGAAAAAAAUCAAACAGAACUAAAAGACUAAAAAAGACUAACUGAAAGGUUAAACAGAGUUAAAAGAAAACGAACAAUCCCUUCUCUACCUACCUUAGCACCCCAGAGACCAGGAUUUUUAACUUUUAGUGGUUUAUGCUAGUAUUUGUCUUCCUAUGUAAAAACAUGUUAUACUACUUUUUCUUGAUUAAUCAGUUUCAAAAAUGAUUUUUUGAAUUUGUUGUAUGAUAGGCAGGAAUUACUUUUCUUAGAUCCUUACCUCACAUUUUUCUUCUUCCACCCAUCCCAGUAUAGAUUUAUAUUCAUGCAACUUUGUGUUAACUCCCAACUUGCUAUUAGAUCAGUAGAUAAUAAAUGUUCACUGAUGGAGCAAGUGAUUAACUAUCAUUACUUCUUUUCUACUGGAAUCCUAUUUUUGUUGGAGUUACUAAUUUAACAUUUUGUUUAGUGUCUUAUAUAACUGUCACAGUGAUUAUCCAGUGGAAUAAAUGCUCAAAAAUACCAGAUGAUCUAUCAAUUCUAUCUGUUCCUUUUUUUUUUUUUACAUUCUUUCAUGGACAUUUUUUUUCUAUAUUCUUUUAUCUUCCUUUAUCUUCUGCUUGUUGGAGUGUUGCUCUCCAGGACUACUGCUUGGCUCACUGGUCAUUCUGAGAGCCCCUUUGUACUUUAUCCUCAUAUUGGAUCUUUGCUUAUUAGACCCUAUUAGAUCCUAUGAAUUCCUCUUUCUUGUUUUGCUAUCCUCUAAGCUUAUCCACCAGUGGCAGUCAAAAUUUUUAGGCUUUCCAAGCCAGAAAAUGUCUCUACUCUUGAUAGUUUGGAGCCUGUUAAGUAAUUUUCCCUGUAAAUUUUAAAGGCAGUGAUCCAUGUCUUACAGCAUUCAGUAUUACUCUGAGCACUCUUGCGCCAUUCCUUUCCGUGGGACUGUUUUUCGUUUCUGGAAGCCCUUUGAAGCUUCUCUUUAUCUCUGACAUUUCAUAAUGUUGUAUGUAUGGUUCUUCAUCUUUAGUUGAAAUGUGGAGCCUUUCAACUAGAAGGCGUGUCUAUUUCAGAUGUGAACAGGCAUGUUCAGGAUGGUAUGGCCAUAGACAGCUUCUCUGUUUUAGUUCUGGGAAAUUUUGGGUGUGUUUUAAAUAAUUUUCUCUGUCCUGUUUUUAUAGAAUUGCUGUUAUUUUAAUGUUGGACUUCCCAGAUUGAUCCUCUAAUUAAAAAAAAGAUUCUAUUUGCAUCUUAAAUUGCAUUAUAGGUUGAGUAUCCGUUAUCUGAAAUAUUUGGGACCAGAAGUGUUUCAAAUUUUCCAGUUUCUUAAUUUUGGAAUCUGCAUAGACUUUACUAGUUGAGCACCCUGAUCAGAAAAUAUGAAAUUUGAAGUGCUCCAAAAUCCAAAACAUUUUGAGUAUCCUGUUUAUGCUCAAAAAGUAUUGAAUUUUGGAGCAUUUCAGGUUUUUGGAUUAUGGAUGCUAAUCCUAUGUUUUUAUUAUCUUCCAGUUCUUCUAUUGAAUUUUAUCUGCGUAUUUUAAAACUUCUGAAAUUUUUUUCUAUGUUCCUUUCUCAUGAAACCCUUUUAUUAUUUAAUGUUUUCUUAUACCUCCUCGAUAAUAUAAGUUUGUAUUUUUUCCUCAGAUCUUCGCUGUUUCUCACAUUGGAUGUUUUCUCCAUGUCUGAUUUUCUGUUUGGGCUUUGUCUUUUCAUUCUGAAGCCUUUCCUAAGAAGCUGGAGAGAUCAUCCAUCCAUUCAUAUUAGUCCCAUGCUGCAGAGCUAAUUUCAUUGGUGUUCAUGUGUUGGCCCGGCUUAUCAGUUGUCUCAAGGAUGGUCAUGCUGAGGGCCACUUUUUCCUUUUGAGAUCUCCUAAAUUUCUGUGGAUGUCAGUUUCUCUAGAAAAGUGGGUUCUGGCAGUAGGGCAGAAGAGGGCUGAGUAUUCUCAGUUUUUUUUUUUUUUUAUGAUAACUUUCAAUUAAUUCCUAUAUUUUCAGUCUCUCUUUUGCCUCACCCAACCCAAAUCCUCCUCCAUGCUGGUGACCCUCAGGUUCAGUGUAGAUGGAAAGUUAGGGUGCAGCAGUUGGCUGACGGUGGAGGAUGGGGAGAGUUCAACACUCUCCAGUCUUCUAUUAAUAAUUUCACUUUUAUAUGUCAUUCCCAUCCACAGUUCCCAGUGCUUCCAUGUUCUGAGCCUUCCGGGUGCUUGGUGGGAUGCAUUUUUUGGCUUUUCCCUUUUUGGUAUGUAGGCUUUAACUUCCUCCACACUGCUACCUCAGUAAUCAGACCUCCUACUGUUUUUUUUUUUUUUAAACUUUUAAGAUUUAUUUUAUUUAUUUGAAAGAGUGACAAAGAGAGGUAGAGACAGAGAAGAGAAAGAGAGGUCCACUGGUUCACUCCCUAAAUGGCCGCAGUGGUCGGAGCUGAGCCAAUUCGAAGCCAGGAGCCAGGAGCUUCUUUCGUGUCUCCCAAGGAUUUAGGCCAUCCUCUGCUGCUUUUUCAGGUGCAUCAGCAGGAAGCUAGAUUUGAAGUGGAGCAGCCGGAACUGCUCCCAUAUGGGAUGCUGGUGCUGCAGGCUGGGGAUUUAACCCACUGCGCCACAGCGCCGGCCCCCCCCCCUUUUUUUUUUUUUCUUUUUAACUUUUAAAAAUUUGUAGGGGCUAGCGCUGUGGCAUGUGGCAUAGCGGGCCUGCAGUGCCGGCAUCUCAUAUGGGCACUGGUUGGGGUCCUGGCUGCUUUGCUUCCCAUCCAGCUCUCUGCUAUGGCCUGGGAAAGCAGUGGAGGAUGGCCCAAGUCCUUAGGCUCCUUACCUGCAUGGGAGACCCCAAGGAAGCUCCUGGCUCCUGGCUUCAGAUCAUCUCAGCUCUGGCCGUUGUGGCCAGUUGGGGAGUGAACCAGCGGAUGGAAGACCUCUUUUUCUCUCUCUGCCUCUCCUCUCUCUGUGUAACUCUGACCUUCAAAUAAAUAAAUAAUAAAAAUCUUUAAAAACAUUUUAUAAAGGGAACAAAUUUCAUGUAUUUCAUAUAUACAGUUGUGUGUGUGUGUGUGUGUGUGUGUUUGUGUGUUUUUAAGACUUAUUUAUUUGUUUGAAAGGCAGAGUUACAGAGUCAGAGGCAGAGAGAGAGAGGUCUUCCAUCUGCUGGUUCACUCCCCAGCUGGCCACAACUGUAGGAGCUGUGCUGAUCCAAAGCCAGGAGCCAGGAGCUUCUUCCAGGCCUCCCAUGCAGGUGCAGGGGCCCAAGGACUUGGCCGUUUUUUUAAUUUUUACAAUGACAUACUUUCAAUUUUCUUUUUAAUCACAAGCUUAACCCUCCUUUGUAAACUCUGCUGUGAUCUCAUGGCUUUAUAGUCUGUUCUCUUUGUGGAUUAAUACCUUUUAUAUUCCUUUUUUUUUUAAUGGAUGUAUUUUAUUUAUUUGAAAGACAGACUUAUAGAGAGAGGUAGAGACAAAAUAAAAGGUCUUCCAUCCUCUGGUUUACUCCCCAGAUGACUGAAACAGCCGGAGCUGCGCCAAUCUGAAGCCAGGAGCCAGGAGCUUCCUCUGGGUCUCCUACAUGGGUGCAGGGGCCCAAGGACUUGAGCCAUCCUCUACUGCUAUCCCAGGCCACAGCAGAGAGCUGGACUGGAAGGGGAGCAUCUGGGAGUAGAACCGGCGCCUAUAUGGGAUGGCUGCGCUUCAGGCCAGGGCUUUAACCCACUGCACCACAGUGCCAGCCCCAUUGUUUAUAUCCCUUUAAUGUCUUUUUGAAAUGGUUGUAGAAGCAGAGGAGAUAAAUUGAGCUGAGCAGUCCACCAUGUUUAAAAGAAGUCUAGAUUUAAAUUCAAAUAGUGUACAGAAAAUAAAAUUUCUUAUUCUUUCCAUUCUAAUGAUUUUCAAUUCAUAUAGUUUUACUGUACUGACUACCUCAUAGGGUUGUGAGGAUUAGAGGAAUCAAUUCAU